UCGUAUCUGCGAUUCAGCCCGAUUGACCCUCACACGAUCAUCAUGCCUGCUGACUACAAUGGAAGAUGGGAGAUGGUGAGCAAUGAGAAUUUUGAGGAGUACAUGAAAGCUCUGGACAUUGAUUUUGCCACCCGUAAAAUUGCCGUCCAUUUGACUCAGACAAAAGUGUUUGUUCAGAACGGGGACAAGUUUGAGACAAACACACUGAGCACAUUCAGGAACUAUGAGGUGAACUUCACAGUUGGGGAAGAAUUUGAGGAGCACACCAAGGGUUUGGACAACAGGCAGGUACAGACGCUGGUGGUCUGGGAUGGUGACAAUCUGGUGUGCACCCAGAAGGGUGAGAAAGCCAACCGUGGAUGGAAGCACUGGAUUGAGGGAGACAAACUUCACUUGGAGCUGACUUGUGGAGACACAGUAUGCCAUCAGGUGUUCAAGAAGAAAUAAUGAAGAGCCUUUACCUCAGCUCUGUCAUUAGCUGGCUAUGACCGGGCUCCACAGCAAUAGAAUGCAAUUGGCCUUGUCCCAUCAAGGGUGGGUGUAACUCAUCCUUUGUUCCUUGGAUUAGCCUGUGAACCAGACCCAUGUUACAUUAGCAUUGCAUAGCAUAUGGUAAUGUACUUUCUAUGAUCUCAUUGAAACCCAUUGUAAAUGGGAAUAUUUUCCCAAAGAAUGGUGAAAGGGAUACUGAUUGGUUAACACAAUCAAAAAGUUUUUAUUCUUCUUAUUUUUUCCUAGGGGUGUAAGACCUCUAACCAUUAACAAGUAAUAUGACGUGGCCACAGUGCAAGAAAAAUCUAUUAUGAUUUGAUUUGUUCAAUAUGAAAAGUGGCAAUACAAUUCAGGCAUAAAUACCAACCCCUUCAAUUCACCAGGAAGUUCAAAUGACUAUUUACAGACAGUUUAGUCAUUGCUAGCCUGCUCAUGUUGCAGCUAAAGGUCUGGGCUACAAGCAUUCCCUUUGUUACCGCUGCAUUAGUUUAAAUGCAAUCCAGAUGCCCACAGGAUACUAGUUGUUGUGAAUGAGAUAUAUAGAUCCCCUCAGAUGACUGCUAACUGUCCUGUAGCAUUAUGUGGAUAGUUGGGAGAAAAUUAUAACUGGCUCAUAGGCUAGUGCAUGAGUGGAGUACACUUCAGCUGCAUUGUUUCUCGUAGAGGUAUGGAUGGCACAGCAGUGAGAGAGGUAUAAUUGGAAUGAAUUCAGACUCUGUGAAAAAUGGGGGGAUUUAAUUCAAACAAAAUGGAAAUAAAUUAACAAGCAGUACAACCUCUUUAUUUCCUGUUCCCAUUUUAUGUUAUCAUGUAGAUAUUUCUUUGUAAUAAACAAAUCUGAUUUUAAUAAACAUGCAAGCAUG